UCUUCCGAAAUUUCCACACGCACCUUUUAAAGAUACUUGCAUUUGAGUUCAUUAAUAGUUGACCACUCUCAGGUCUUCCACUUUAUGCAGCUUCCAUGUUCCUUCGACUCAUCUAUCCGUUCAUAGCUCCUUCAUCAUCACCUUCAAAUUAAACUCAACUUUAUUUAUCGCCGGAUUCUGGAAGUGCCCCCGCUUUGCUUUCAUGGAAGUUCUUUGUAUCUCCAUGUUUCGUUUCUUUUUCCUUCUUCAAUUCUCCUCCUUGGCUCUAGCCUACGCUGUUCCCGCUAAGUAUUUCAUCAAUUGCGGGUCCGAUUCCAGCGUAAACGACUCUCGUCAGGUUUUCUCUGGCGACCACUCUUCUGCUUCCGUUUGCUUUUUGAAGCACAGCUCCACCUUGAAGGAACUUAAUAAAUCGUCAACUACACCUUCCCUGUAUCAAACCGCGAGAAUCUUUCAUGGUCCAUCUGGUUACAAGUUCAAAAUCGGCGAAAAUGAAGGCGGGUAUUAUGUGGUACGUCUCCAUUUCUAUGCUUUCUCGUCUCCAGAAAAUCUAUCUAGGGCUCGAUUCAAUGUUUGGAGUGCGGGAUUUUUGUUGUUGGGUAAUUUCAGCGCCGAAAAUCAAACAAACUCUCCUAUAGUAAAAGAGUUUUAUCUGAACAUCGGUAGCUGCAUGAGCUUGCGAAUCGAUUUUUUCCCCGUGGAAUCGAAAUUCGCAUUUGUAAACGCCAUAGAACUGUUUCGCCUCCCCGAUAAUUUUAUCCCCAAUAUGACAACACAUGUUACUAGCAAAGGAAAUACCAGUGACUACAAGGGCAUUCUCUCCUCUGUGUUACGUAUGAGUUACAUGCUUGAUGUUGGUGGCUCUGAGGAAAACGAUAUCUUGCGGAGAAGAUGGACGAAAGAUGAUCAAUACACUAAAACAGGGAAGAAGUUAUCUCAAGUUGUUGGUAUUAAUUACGGAGGAGGAGAUAACGGUUCGGAAGAACAUGGUCUGGCUUCAAAUAAUGUUACAGCCCCAGAAAAUGUUUACCAGACAGCCAGAGCGAUGGCUUCAGCUUCAGGCAAUCGUGGUAGAUCUUUUAACAUAUCAUGGGCGCUUCGGGUGAAGAGGAAUGCUAGUUAUUUCAUUCGAGCUCACUUUUGUGACGUUAUCAGUAGUAGCCAAGGCCUUACAUACUUCAAUUUUUAUAUCUACAACUUCUUCAAUUGGUCGGUUCGUGCCGAUUUAUGGCCGCUUUCUGUUCCUUUUUAUCGUGAUUUUGUUGUCGAUUCUGAUGACUCUGGAAAAUUGAGCAUCAGCGUUGGGCCUGACGAAGCGUCUAUUGUUAAAAAUGCUUUCCUGAAUGGUCUUGAAGUGAUGGAAAUCAUUAAAACUCGAGCUCCUGCAGAGGCCAACUACGAAUGUAAGAAGAAUCAUAAGCAUCUCCUUCUAGACGUGGGGGUUGGAGCAUCGGCCCUGAUUUGCAUUACGGUUAUUGUUCUCUGUUUCAUCCGGAAAUAUGGGAAACCAAAGAUUAUUAGAACUCUGGAUUGGGCGCCACUUUCAGUUAAGGGAGGAGGAAGUUCCCACGGCAAAUGGGGAAGCAGCCAUGGCUCGUCUCUUGGUAACUUAAAACUGGGACUCAAGAUUUCUUUUAAGGAGAUUCAAUCUGCAACAAACAAUUUCCACAAAAAACGGAUUAUUGGGAAGGGUGGAUUUGGCAAUGUGUACAAGGGAAUUCUCGAGAAUGGUGUGAAAGUAGCUGUAAAGAGAAGUGAGCCAGGGUCAGGACAAGGAUUCCCAGAAUUUCAAACUGAGAUCACGGUCUUGUCCAGAAUUCGCCAUCGUCAUCUUGUGUCCUUAAUUGGGUAUUGUGACGAGAGGUCUGAGAUGAUACUGGUUUAUGAGUACAUGGAAAAAGGCACACUCAAAAAUCACUUGUACAAUGCAAAUCUCCCCAGCUUGCCUUGGAAACUGAGGCUCGAAAUCUGCAUUGGAGCAGCAAGAGGUCUGAAUUACCUUCAUAAAGGAGCAGCUGGCGGAAUCAUUCACCGUGAUGUGAAGUCCACCAACAUAUUGCUCGACGAAAACCAUGUUGCUAAAGUUGCUGAUUUUGGCCUUUCCAAGACAGGUCCUCUUGAUCAACAACCAUCUAUCACCACAGGUGUCAAAGGCACAUUUGGGUAUCUUGAUCCUGAGUAUUUCAGAACCCAACAGUUAACAGACAAAUCUGAUGUUUACUCAUUUGGGGUGGUUCUUCUCGAAGUGCUAUGUGCAAGACCAGCACUUGAUCCUACGCUUCCAUGGAACCAAGUGAACUUAGCUGAAUGGGGAAUGUUCUGCAAGCAAAGGGGGACACUGGACCAACUGAUAGAUCCGACGAUAAAGUACCAAAUAGAUCCAAACUCACUAAGAAAAUUCAGUGAGACAGUGGAAAAAUGUCUGCAGGACGAUGGGUGUGACAGGCCAACUAUGAGUGAUGUGUUGUGGGACUUGGAGUAUUCGCUCCAACUUCAGAGAGGUGCGAGACAGAGGAACUCACGAGAGGACACUUCAAGUGGGGCUACGGCAUCAAUUGAACUGUCCAACGUAAGGCGUCUUCCUACUCUGUCAACACAAGCAGACUCAGAAGUCAUGUCAAUUUUGAACGAUGAUAGUGCAGCCCAUUCUGUUUUCUCUCCGUCGCAUAUUGAUGGUUCCGGAUGAUCAAAUCUUAGCUUAAGCCUCUCAAAUUACAAUAAUUAUCGUUGGCUUCAGUUAAUUUCUCUUCCUUGCGAGUUUCUUUUUGGAAUUGUUAAUAUUCCAUACUCACUGAAAAGUGGGAUUAAGUGCUGGACGCAAUUGUAAGAUUGAUGACUAUUGUGCUGUCAAUAUUGGGAUUGAUCCACUGGCAUGUCAAAGCGGGGCGAGUUUGAAAG